AGAGCGCGACGGAGCACUGAGAGAGACUAGCAGACUCUUAAUAUAUUGUAUAUAAAAAGUUAUGUUUAUAAUAGCUCCUUUCCUUAUUCCGAGGUUUCGCGCACCGACAAUUAGUUGCACCUUCCGAUUCAGAAUAGGGACAUGUGUUUACUUUGUGUUAUCAAAUAAAAAUAAGAUUUAUCAAUUAAUUAGGCACAGUUGAUAAAAUGUUCGCUCCGGCGAUACUCGUGUUAACGUCUUUAGUAGCUGUAUCAGUAUGUGAAGAAGACACCCUGAUCUUUCCUAAUACCUUGAAAUUUGGUGUGGCCACCUCUUCAUAUCAGAUCGAGGGAGCCUGGAACGUUAGUGACAAAGGCAUCAACAACUGGGACACCUACGUGCACACACACGGAGUGUCGGACGGCAACACAGGCGACGUCGCGUGCGACUCAUACCACCAUUGGUCUGACGAUGUCGAGAAUGUGGCGAAAAUAGGACUGGACUUCUAUAGGUUUUCGCUAAGCUGGUCCCGCAUCCUGCCCUCUGGAUUCAACAACCACAUCAGUGAGGACGGCAAGAGGUACUACAACAACCUCAUAGACAAGCUGAUAGAACGUGGCUUGGAGCCCUACGUCACAAUCUACCAUUGGGACCUGCCCCAGCCGUUACAGGAUUUAGGUGGCUGGGCCAACCCGCUCAUAUCAGACUGGUUUGAGGACUAUGCAAGGGUCGUCUUUAAGCUUUUUGGUGACCGCGUGAAGACCUGGAUCACUAUCAACGAACCUAUCUCAGUCUGCGACGGCUCCUCGACUCUGGGGAUCAUUGCCCCAGGAAACCUGUCUCCGGAUAACGUGGGGACGUAUUUGUGUACAAAGAAUGUGCUGGUAGCCCAUGCUAAAGCCUGGAGAUUAUACGAUAGGGAGUUCAGGCCGAAGUUCAAUGGACAAAUAUCAUAUUGCAAUAACCUUUUUUGGUAUGAGGAGAAGACAUCGGAAGACGCUGAGUUAGCGGAACUAGCUCGACAGCAUAAUGCUGGAAGGUACUCCCAUGCGGUCUUCUCCAAGGAAGGUGGUUGGCCCCCGGCACUGGAGAAGUUCAUAGCAGAGAAGAGCGCUAAACAAGGCUACCGCACUUCCAGGUUACCGGCUUUCACAUCAGCCGAGAUCGAAUUAGUAAGAGGCACAUAUGACUUCUACGGUAUGAACCUGUACACGAGCCGGGUGGUCAGCGCGACUGACCAAGUCAAACGUGACUGGUUCCCGUUCGCAGACUCCGACGAGCUGAAUGCCGCGCUCACCGUGGACCCUAGCUGGACAGUGGCGUGCAACGACUGGAUUGCUGUCCAUCCCGAAGGGAUCCGCAGGAUGCUGGUGUGGCUGAAGCAACAGUACGGGGAUAUUAAGUUCCUCAUCACCGAGAACGGAUACCCAACUUGUAAAGGUGAUGAUCUUGACUUGGACGACCAGGAGAGGGUAGAUUACUACAGGGGGUACUUGAAAGAGGUAAAAAAAGCUAUGACACUAGACGGGGUCAACAUAGCAGCGUUCACCGCUUGGAGUCUUAUGGAUAACUUUGAAUGGAUGGAUGGAUAUAGAUCGAAAUUCGGCCUCUACGCUGUCAACUUCUCGGACCCUCACCGCGCCAGGAGUCCAAGGAAAUCAGCGUAUUUCUUCGCUGAAAUAAUCCAGUCCAGGGUUAAAGUGAAACCACAAAAAAUACACGAAAAUAAAACUGCUUCUUACAUGUGGUAUUCUUUUGUGGUUGUCGUUGUGUUACUUGUCGUCAUAUGUUCUGUGCUCGUGUACAAAAUCGUGAAGAGAAGAAGAACUAUUGAGGAAAAGACUGUUGAAAACAUUACACCGCUUAUGACUGUACAGUCGGCUAAGGAAUAGUAUAAGUAUGUCUGCAAUCUACACUUGAAAAGACGUCUGAAUUUUUUUUCGAAAAUCUUAAUAUAAACUAAUAUUAUAAACGUAAAAGUAUGUUUGUUUAUAUACUCAUUCAAACUUUUUGAAAUUUUGCAUAGGUUAAAUGUAGUUUGAUUGAAUAGUUUCGAACGCUGUGGCCGCGCUGAUCUAUUAAUUUUCCUAGGAAUCGUUUCCAAAAUAGAUCGUUCAGAAAAUUUACAUUACAACAGUUACUGUCUUUGUUAAAAUUUGAAAAAUUGUAAGGACAGCGCAGCCGCAGCGUUCGAAACGCUCUGCGCCCGAAAUAACUAUACAUAAUCGGCGAAGAAAAACGACUCCAAAUUAUGUGUAAAUUAAAAUUUCGAAAGAAAAUUCAGAUGAGUAUUUUCAAUUGUCGACGCCACAUUGGAAGCGUGAUGUAUUAUCAUAAGAAAAGGCACACUGGCCCGCAGUGCCAUAGAAAUACAAAGGCAUUUUGACACAAACAUAAAUCUCAUCUCUUUCAACCUUUGUUGAAUAUUGUACUGGCAUUAUAAUUGAAAAAAAUAAUCUUGGGAGUACCUACAAUGGAUUUAAACGGAGUCCCUACAAAUUCCAUGGAACCUACGUAAUCAUCUAGCAGUAUUUGGAAGAAAAAAAAUUCUGUAAGAAAAUGCAGUGAAAAUUACGCAUUUUUGACACAUCUAUUUAAAAAAAAAUGCAAAACUUUUCAUGCAUUUACUUAUAAAGCAUGUGGUAACAGUGAAACUUCUUGAAAUAUUCUUCUUCGCUCUCUUUCUUUCUCUCUAUAAGAUCAUUCUUCUCUCUAAUGUAAACGAAUGUUCCUAAAAAAAUUAUUCACUUUAAAUAGAUUUAUUUUGGAAUAUAACUUUUCUAAGAAGUUUCAAUUUUACACAAAAGCUGGCUUUCUCGCAGCGCGCUUCGUCUUGUUUUAAUUAUAAUUUAUUUAAUAUAAUUACCUACUCCCACCCAAUAUACACACCUAUAAUAAUUGGCUAUAAAUCAACAAAUUAUUUAACAAAAAGCUAAAUUUUCUAGUUGUCUUUGCGUGUGUCUUUGUGUGUAAAUACAUUAAAACGGACAGUGUGUUGUAGCGAGAGACCUUAUUUUUUAAAUAAGGUGUUUUACUUCUAUGUAACAUCUAGCUAAACAGCGUCAAUCAUAAAAUAGCCCAGAGCAUUGUUGAUAUUGAAAUUCACAUAUAACGUAAGUAGUAAUAAAUGUCGUUGAAUUAAA